CAGGCGACGAACAGGCGUGUUUUUAAUGGACUGUUACUGCGCCUGCGCAAUGAGAGGAGUCCUUGGCUGCUCGGCCUGCUGUAGGUUACAGAUCCUGUGAGGGGACACAGACAAAAUGCAGAGCUGGACUCAGUUAUACCGUUCUCUGGCCACGCGGAGCCACCACCUUCCCUGCAAACUGCAUGGAGCUGCAGCUGUGUCCGUCAGAACCUACGCUGACAAAGCAGCAAUUGAUGCAGACGUCACAGUGGUGGGAUCCGGUCCAGGCGGCUACGUCGCUGCCAUCAAAGCCGCACAGCUCGGUUUCAAGACAGUAUGCGUUGAGAAAAAUGCCACGCUGGGUGGGACCUGUCUGAACGUAGGCUGCAUCCCCUCAAAGGCUCUGCUAAACAACUCCUACUUGUACCACUUGGCUCAUGGCAAAGACUUUGAAAGCAGAGGCAUCGAAAUCUCGGGCAUCUCGUUGAACCUGGAGAAAAUGAUGGCUCAGAAGAGCGGGGCGGUCAAAGCACUGACUGGAGGAAUCGCACAUCUAUUCAAACAGAACAAAGUGACCCAUGUCAAUGGUUUUGGGAGGGUUACCGGUAAGAACCAGGUGACGGCCGUAGCAGCAGACGGCAGUGAGCAGGUCAUCAACACUAAGAACAUCCUCAUCGCCACUGGCUCCGAGGUCACUCCCUUCCCUGGAAUCCCGAUCGAUGAGGAGACCGUUGUGUCGUCAACAGGAGCUCUGUCCCUGAAGAAAGUUCCAGAGGAGUUGAUCGUGAUCGGAGCCGGAGUCAUCGGAGUCGAGCUGGGGUCAGUGUGGCAGCGUCUGGGCGCUAAAGUCACAGCAGUGGAGUUCCUGGGCCAUGUAGGAGGGAUGGGCAUCGACAUGGAGAUGUCCAAGAACUUCCAGCGCAUCCUGCAAAAGCAGGGCUUCAAGUUCAAGCUCGGCACCAAAGUCAUGGGAGCCACCAAGAGGCCCGACGGCAAGAUCGAUGUGGCUGUGGAGGCAGCAGCCGGAGGGAAGAACGAGACCCUGACGUGUGACGUGCUGCUGGUCUGUAUCGGCAGACGACCUUAUACCGAGAACCUGGGUCUGGAUUCUGUUGGCCUCGAGGUGGACAACAGGGGUCGCAUCCCUGUCAACAACCGCUUCCAGACCAAAGUACCCAGUAUUUAUGCCAUUGGUGACGUGGUCGCUGGGCCGAUGUUGGCUCACAAGGCCGAGGACGAGGGCAUCAUCUGCGUGGAGGGCAUGGCCGGCGGUGCUGUGCACAUCGACUACAACUGUGUUCCCUCAGUCAUCUACACACACCCCGAGGUGGCCUGGGUGGGCAAGACAGAGGAGCAGCUCAAAGAAGAGGGCAUCCCAUACAGAGUCGGCAAGUUCCCCUUCGCAGCCAACAGCCGAGCCAAGACCAACGCCGACACUGACGGCAUGGUGAAGAUCCUCAGUCACAAGGAGACUGACAGGAUGCUGGGAGCUCACAUCGUCGGAUCUGGGGCAGGAGAGAUGAUCAAUGAAGCUGCUUUGGCCAUGGAGUAUGGCGCCUCCUGUGAGGACAUUGCCAGAGUCUGCCACGCCCAUCCUACGGUGUCAGAGGCCUUCAGAGAAGCAAAUCUGGCCGCCUCUUUCGGCAAAGCCAUCAACUUUUAAUCAGCCAGCCGCUGUCGCACCUUCAGUGUACAUAACCAAGGAGAAACAGGAAGCUGUGUUUGUCUGCGUCAAAACCUUCAUCCAACCCACUGAGAUCCUCUGUGUACAUGCAAACUGUACCACAUUUAGGUCUAAUGUUAUUUAAGUGUUCUCAAUAAAACUAUAAAGGGGGCGGUGAAUAAACACUGACUGCAGAUCAGUCCUUUUUGCUUGCCAAACACAUACUUUACUUUUAAAGAUCCCAGAAGAGCAUUUAGAAUACAUUUAAAAUACAUAGAGAUAUAAAUAUUAUUUUGGUUCGCCAAUUCUUUUGUAAAGAAAGAAGUUUUUGUUUGUCUGUUUUUUACAGUGACAGAAUUUAACACAACAAGUAUAAUGUGUAACCAGAGCAGGAAACUGUUUCAAGUUUUAAAGCUUAAAUUGACUCUUUAAGUUGUUCUUUAAGGCUCAAAGCGUUCUUCACUCACAGCAACUAUAUAAUAUAUUUAGUGUGAAGAUUAGAAAAAAUGCAUCGCUACUGACCCAGAAGGUUAGACUCAUUAGUAAUUCCUAGCUUUUUCUUUUUUCUUUUUUUUUCAUAAUUUGUUCCCUCAAAUUAAUAUUUAUUAAUGUCUGAAUUAAUGACUACUAUUUUUCCUUUUAUUUAAAAUGUAAAGAUUUAAAGUAUACAAUCCUCAGUAGCGCAAGUGUGGGAAAAUGUUGACUUGAGGGAACAAAAUUACACAAAAUCUACAAAAAAGUACUGCAUGAUUUCUCAGAAAUGUUUCAGAGAUGUUUUAACUUAUUUAUUAAACAGCAUUUGACAGCUCAAAGGAUCCCUCUGGAGUUUUAGACCUCUCGGACACUACUGCUGAUCUACAGAUGAAGCACGCUAUGCAGUGAAGGCAGAGAAGAAGACUGCAAACAUGAUGUAAACGAUGCUGCGUUAAAACACUCAGAUCUGCUUAGAAAGGAAAGAAAAACACUGAUUUGUUCGAGCUCACUGAUCCACAUGUUUUUUUGUGAGUGACACUGAAUAAACGUGUUUACAAGAAAACUCCACAUGGCCCCUUUAAGUUCAGUGCCUACUGUCACUGACAUGUUCGAAGGUUUGUACUGAAUCUCUAAAUAUGAACUGUUUCCUGCUUUGAUUACUGCACUGUGAUUGGCUCUGGCCUGCUCUUGCUUUUCUCCCGAUUAAAAUCAAUAAAAUCAGUUAAAUAAGA